AUGGCGCUCACGAUGGCGUCCACGCCGAUCCGCGUCCCCGCGGCCGCGGCCGCAUCCGCUCGCGCGCCGCGCGUCGUCGCGCGCGUCGCGCGCGCGACGACGCGUCUCGCGAGACCGACGAUGACGUCUCCCGCGCGCACCGCGACGUCCCGCCGCGACGCGACGACGAUCGUCCCGCGCUCGGUGAAGCAGGACGAGAACCUCGCCGCGGACCUCGAAGCCCUGAGAGCGAAGUCCGUGGACGUCCUCGCGGAGGCGGCCGCGCUCGAGAGGCAGAUCGCGGGCGGCGAGGUCGUCAGCGAGAGCACGAUCGUGAAGCGCGCGGCGCGGAGCGAGGCGGCGAAGGAAGCGAGCGGGAUGCCCGCGCUCGGGUUGCCGUCCGCGUCCACGAUCAACCCGAGCGCCGCCGCGUCGAAGAAGGCGGCCGCGCCCGCGCCCGCGCCGACGCCGACGCCGACGCCGAUCGCGGCGAAGCCGGCUCCGGCCCCGGCCCCGGCGCCGGCGGCGUCUAACAAGCCGCUGGGCAUGACGAAAGCGGAAGCCGUCGAGGAAGCGAAGAAGGCCAAGUCCUCGCGCACGGCCCCGCCCGCGGCGACGCCCGCGCCCAAGCCGCCGCCGAAAAAGACCGCCGGCUCGAACGUCGGCGCGGACCUCGGCGCGGUCGGCGGCGGCGUGCUCGUCGCCGCGGCGUUGCUAAACGCGGUGCAGACGUUCCCGGCGACGGCGCGGGACCCGGCGUUCGCGAUCGUCGGCGCCGCCGCCGCGCUCGCGAUCGUGAAGCUGACGCAGGUUGUCUUCGGCGCGGUCGGGGACACGCCCGCGGGGCUGGAGCCGGCGGGCGGCAAGGCGAAGGCGGCGCCGAUGCCGAAGCAAAAGCCUAAGCCGAAGGCGGCGGCGGCGGCGGCGGCGGCGGCGGAGGCGACGGCGACGGUGCCGUCCACGCAGGCGUCGCUGGAGGAGUCCGAGGCUGCCGAGGAAGCCGCGGUCGCCGCGAACGAGGAGACGGAGGAGAAGCUGCGCGAGAUGAAGAAGCGCGCGGCGGAGCUGCUCGAGUCGAAAACCGACGAGCCCAUCUCGGAAAAGGCUGCGGACGCGGCGACGCUGACGCGCGACGCCGUGAACGCGUUCUACGCGGACGGCCCCGGCGCGGACGGCGUGACGAUGUCCGAGGCGGACGUCGUGAAGACCGCGCCCGCGGACGCGGCGGCGGCGGCGGCGGCGGCGGAGAAAAAGAAGGACGACGGCCCGAGGGAGAGCUCGUUCCUCGAGAAGCUCUUCGCGGUGAUCGCGGUGCCGUUCAAGAUUCUGUUCGCGCUGAUCAUGUGGCUGCCGAGCAAGUUGUUCAGGUCGUCGUCGGAUUAA